AUGAAGCCGCUGCUGUGCCUUAUCGCCGGCGUUCUGUGGUCGAUGGCGCCAGCAACAAUCGGGGCGCCCGCCACGGUUCCAUCGAAGGAAAUGCUCGAUUUUAUGCGACGCUUCGGCUACCUGGAGAAAGGACCAUCGCAGGCCGAGGCCCUCUACAGCGGCGAGGCGAUCGUGGACGCGAUCCGGCACGUGCAGAAGUUUGCCGCCCUGCCCGAAACCGGCGUCCUGGAUCGACGCACGAUCGAGCUGAUGUCAGCGCCGCGGUGCGGUGUGGUCGACGUGAUGCAGCACGAUCAAUCAUUACGCCACCGGCGGUACGUGAUCGGAUCGGAAAGCUGGCGGAAGCGGCGCAUAACUUACUUCAUUGCGAACUGGUCCAGCAAGGUUGGGGAAGAUUCGGUGGCCAAGUUUAUGGCCAAAGCGUUCGACGAAUGGAGCAAGUACAGCAAGCUACGGUUCGUGCGUGUCUACGAUCCGUCCGCGGACAUAAUCAUCGGCUUCGGCAGUGGCCAUCAUGGCGACAACUAUCCGUUCGAUGGACCCGGCAAUAUCCUGGCCCAUGCCUUCUAUCCGUACGAAAUGAACGCCUACGGUGGCGAUAUCCACUUCGAUGAGGACGAGAACUGGAAGGAAAACUCAACGCACCUCGGCGAGGGGGUGGAUUUUUACUCGGUCGCCAUUCACGAGCUGGGACACUCACUAGGGUUGGCCCAUUCACCUGUCUACUCGUCACUGAUGUUCCCGUACUACAAGGGAAUCGCCCAGGGUACGCUCGAUUACGACGACAUCUUGGCCAUGUACCAGUUGUACAUACAAAAUCCGCACAUUACCGAUGAUCCAGACUGGGUGGAGAUGACCCCGCCUACUACCGAGAUGUACAUCCCUACCGACACACCGGCACCAAGACUUCCGGAUCUGGACGUCGACCAAGCGCCACGUUCUGAACCACCCCUACCGAGCACGACGGAGGUUUACAAUGUUCCGAUCACCUUCGUCGGUGACUACGAAACGGUAGACGAGCAUAUCCGGCGCCACUAUUCGCCCCCGCAGGUGACGCAUAUGCCGGAACACACACCCACUCCGGACAUCUGCAGUGGCAGUUUCGAUGCGAUCGGUUUGCUGCGCGGUGAAAUCUUCAUCUUCAAGGGUGCGUACCUGUGGCGGCUGACGGAAAAGUAUCGCAUCAAGGAAGGCUAUCCGGUCAAGAUAUGGCAGGUGUUCCGUGGCUUCCCAAAAACUGUCACCCACAUUGACGCGGUCUACGAGCGACUGGACGAUAAUGCGAUCGUGCUGUUCUCGGGCCGAUCGUACUGGAUCUUCGAUGCACUGAACUUUUUGCGACCGGAAGUGCGCCCACUGACCGACUACGGUCUACCCGAGGAUCUCGAGCGCAUCGAUGCGGCGAUGGUUUGGCCAAAGAACAAUAAAACGUACUUGUUCGCGGGUGACCGAUUUUGGCGCUACAACGACACGGCCCUUGAGGUGGACGAGGGGUAUCCAUCGCCAAUGGACCGUUGGUUUGGCAUUCCCAGAGACAUUGAUGCGGCGACAGCUGUAGCGAGCGGGAAGACGUACUUCUUCAAAGGAAACUACUACUGGCUGUACAAUAACGAUCGAGUUCGUCCAGAACGCGGAUAUCCCCGAAGGACGGGAAAUAUAUGGCUUGGUUGCCGCUAA